AUGGUUUUAGCCAAAAAGACCUUUAUUUUGGAGCGGCGCUGUGAGGUCAUAUGCGCGCGCCGCGCUCUCGCUCCCGUGAUUGCGGCUGAAGAAAGGUGGAAAACAGAAGAAAGUGUCCAAACACAGAACCAUUCCUGGUGGAUCGGCUCUCAUACUAUCACAGAGAUGGCGUCUAUUAAAGAGGAGAGCGAAGAGAUCAAGAUUGAAGAAGUGUUCAGAGUCAAGCUUGAAGAUACUGAGCAACAAACGGUCCCAAUGGCGUUCAAAAAGGAAGAUCAAGAACUGGAUGAAGAGCAGGAGAAAGAUCAGUGCAGUAUGCAACAGGAUUUCAUGACCGGCGAAAAACCCAGACAGGCUGAAAAGAUCUUGUCUCGAAAAAGAGCUCAGAAGACCAAACCCAACCGGACAGCGAAACAAAACCGCCAGGUCCAGAAGAGCGCUCCCACUGGAGAGGCGGCGUUUGCGUGCGACCAGUGUGGAAAGAGCUUCUCAGACGCCAAGCGCCUUAAAAGACAUGUACCGAUUCACUCCACAGAGAAACCCUUCACGUGCCAGCAGUGUGGGAAAACGUUCAAGUUGAACAAAUACCUCUUGACUCACAAGACGGUCCACACCAAAGAGAGGCCCUUCACCUGCACACAGUGCGGAAAGAGCUUCUCGCAAGAGGCACAUCUGAACAAUCACUUGAAGGUCCACGCCAGACAGAAGUCCAUCGCGUGCCAGACGUGCGGAAAGAGUUUCACACACAAAGGAGAUCUUAACACCCACAUGAGCCUUCACACCGGUGCUUGGAAGGACUUUCGCUGGCGGCAGCCUUCUCAAGGUUCACGUAACGGCUCACGGCGGAGAGAAGCCGAACAUGUGCCAUCACUGCGGGAAGAGCUUCACGAGCGCUACACCCUUAAGAAUCACAUUCGGGUCCACACCGGAGAGAAGCCCUUCACCUGUGCCCAGUGCGGAAGGAGCUUCGCCGUUAAAGAAAACCUGCGGACUCACAAGAGAAUUCACUCUGGGGUCAAGCCGUUCACCUGCCAGCACUGUGGAAAGAGUUUCGUACUGAAGGGAAACUUUAAGAGACACGUGUGGCGUCCACACGUGAAAGCGGAAGAGUGA